UGGGGUACUCGAUGUAUUGCUUCAUGGUCAAGUGAAACUGAACAGCAGUAUCAAAUAGUGCUGACGCUGUGCGCCUAUUUGUCACCUCUGUUGUUCAUUUCUAUCCUAUGUCUACAUAUGAGCAGAACGCUGAACAAAUGCGAAAUGUCAGUUGGAAAACGGCAAGUAGCGAAUCGUAAGAAAGCCGUACGAAUGCUGAUUGCGGUCGUAUGCAUGUUUGCCUUAUCGUACCUUCCAGUCCAUCUACACAAUAUCGCCGCGACCUUUGAUUUACUUGGUCGUGAUUCCGACAUCAACUGGAUCUACAUUCGUAAACUUUUGCCUCGAGUGUUCAGUUAUUCGUCGAGCUGUUUGAAUCCCGUCCUUUACAACUUCAUGUGCAGUAAGUUUUUCAUAUUUGUGAUCAACUAUGUUGAAGGUGGAGCAGUAGUAAGCAGCGCCGGUAGCAAAACUGAUGCGCAGGGAUCAAACUGCCUUUGUAUGCUUCACCGCAGAACAGACUAG